CCCUCCAUAUUCUCUUUGUUCAAUUUCAGAGAGCAGUCUGAAGACCUCUUCUGCUCUUCAUCCACUAGAUGGAAAUUUACAGCACUGGUAGUGGCGGUUCACUCCCUCUUCGUUUUCUUCUCUUUCUUCUUCUUGUUUCAUCUCCUCUCCUCCUAUCUCCCGUUCUCUCCGCCUCAUCCGUCCGUUGUCAUCCCGCCGACCGAGCUGCACUUCUACGUAUCAAGGAUUCCUUUUCCCAAGAAAGUCCUGACAACUUCACGUCUUGGGAUCCCAACAUCAACUGCUGCAAUUGGGCUUUCGUCCAAUGCGACGACAAAACCAACCGAGUUAAUUCUCUCACAAUUCAACAAACCGGCGUUCGUCAUAUCCCGGCAGCCAUCGGGGACCUUCCAUACCUGGAAAGACUAACGUUUGAGGACUUCCCCAAACUUACCGGCUCCAUCCCCUCCUCCUUUACAAAACUUCAGAACCUUAAAUUGUUUCAAAUAUGGAACUCCGGUCUCUCCGGCCCCAUCCCCGAAUUCCUCAGUGAACUCAGAAACCUUGAGUACCUCGAGUUGUCCCAAAGCAAGCUUUCGGGUCCAAUCCCAUCUUCUCUAGCAAAUCUCAGAAAACUGGCAACUCUUGUACUCAAGUCGAACAAGCUCACAGGGCACAUACCGGACUCAUUCGGGAGAUUCAACACCGACGUAACAGGGGGUUUCACUCUCGAUCUAUCACACAACCAGCUGUUUGGUGAGAUCCCCAGAUCGCUUGGACAAUUGGAUUACAUGACGAUCGACCUAUCUUAUAACAGACUCGUCGGCGACGCCUCCUUAUUGUUCAAGGAGAAUGGAGCAGCACAGUAUAUCUAUUUGUCGAAUAACGAUUUCGAUUUUGAUCUGUCCAAGGUGAGGUUUCCACAGAAUUUAACAUUUCUGGUAUUGACGCAUAAUAAGGUCCGAGGAAGCAUUCCGGAGCAGGUGACGGAGUUGGAUUCACUGUUACUGUUUGAUGUAAGCUAUAACCGGUUGUGCGGGAAGAUUCCGGUAGGUGGAAACAUUCAGAAGCUCGGAAUUUUCUCGUUUCUACAUAAUCGGUGUCUCUGUGGUCCGCCACUCCCCAUCAAGUGCAUGUAGUUCAGUGUGGCACUCAAAAUUUCCGGUAUACUGUCUUCACCGGAGAACUCAUGGCUCAUGUGGUGUGGUGUUGGUUAUUUCUUCUCUCUUUAUAAUAAACCUAACGUAUUGAUCGGAAUCCUCUCCAGUUAAAUUGUCAAAUUUAUUUGGAGAUAAGAAAGAACCUAUUGGGUUAAUUGGA